AUGUCGGGCGCUGACGCACUGAGAGCCAAGGCCAAAUAUGCCAGUAGCGACAACAAAACCGUCACCGGCCACUUUGACAAGGACAGCAUCAUGGCUGUGGUGAAGAGACCCGAGACGAAGCUGGGCGACAACAUAUCUCUGGAGGGGCUGAAUGUCACCGCCAACCCCUCGAAAAGCUUUGCGACCGUGCAGUAUACCUUCAGGGGCCCGACAAAAUUCACCCUCCAAUUUUCCCGCCAUCUCACACAUGAAGAUGCGGUUGCCCAGUUCUCGGAAAACUUGGCACAGCACCAAGCCAACGGCGAGGAUUUUUUCAUGGAGAGGCCGAACGAGACGUUGCAUCAGUUUGGCGACAUGGCCCUGGCUUCUUCUGGCACCGUCUCGUGGGUCUGGGGGCAGUUCUGGGUGCUACUCUUCGAGGAUCCCAACAAGACACAAGUCCCAAAGGCUCUAAAGCCACCAGCUGAGAUCCUAGGGCAGCAAGCUGCCGUUCAGCCUUCGGCCACCCUGCCUAGUGUCAUCAAACCACCUUCGAGACAGAACACGGAGAAUUCGUCUUCGGCAGCAGCUAGGGCAUCAACAGAGGUGGCGAAAAUCAACUGCUACCUCAUGCCGCUAGCCACCAUGCUCGACACGCACAUGACGACACCAAGCAGGGACACGCGCGCUACCACCAUCACGCUCAAGAAAGACUGGACGGUCAAGAUUGGGUCGCAAACCAUGUUGCACGAGUCCAUCGAAAUAGCCAAUGCGCUCGACAACUUCGUCAUGUUCAAGCCGGUGAUCCCCUCUCCCAAGCCCCUCAAUUACAGAGAAUUCUACGACAUGGUUUCACGUAACUCGCUCGAAGGCGACAAGGUCACUGGAGAGGCACCCGCUGAGUUGGCCGUGUAUACCGUGGCCAACAACCUUUCCACUGUCCAGAAAAGGGGCAGAGUGACGGUCACCAAGGUGGCUGCUGCGGGAGUAUAAUUAGAAACUAUCGCUGAACACGAGCUAGAUGCUUGGACAGGAUAGGGUAGGACAAGACAGGACAGGACAGGACAGGACAGGACAGAUAAGGGGGAUGGGUAGAGGGUGGAAAGAGGGGG